CCCCCCCCAGUCCAUUCCUAGAGUGCUCACAUCUGACUGGAGACUGAGAUUCCUGCUCACCCCUCCCCAUCCCUCGAGAAGCCGCCGACGGACGGGGCGGAACCGUGGGUGUCCCUGGAACCCCAAGGUGCCAAUUAAGUGCUAGUGGCCCUUCUGGGGUCAGAGCUUCGGCGGGAUGGCAGAGUCAGGCCCGGAGCCGGGGCACGCAUGGCGACUGCUGGCCCUGUGCGGGGCUGCGGUGUUCCUGGCGGCGGCUGCCGCUGGAGGGGCGCUGGUGGCCUGGAAUCUGGCGGCCUCGACGGCCCGGGGUCCCCGUUGCCCAGAAUCUGAGCAGAUGAACGCCACGGUGCGGCCCCCAGACUCCGCACUCGAGAUCGAGGAACUGCGGCGGCGGCUGGCAGAGGCUGAGCAAGCCCAGGAGAACCUGGUCUGGCGGCUGCAGCGCGCAGAGGGCGACAGGAGAGAGUUGGAGGCUGCGCUCAAGGACUGUAAAGACAGCCAGAGUCGGCUUCAGACCCAACUGAAGGCCCUGAAGAUUGAGAUGGACCAGGCCAAAGUUCGAGGCACGCAGAUGGGGCUGGAGAACGGAAUGCUGACAGAAGCCUUGGUGCGCUGGGAGGCGACAGCCACUGAGUCCAAGCAACAGCUGGAAGAGGCGCUGCAGCGCGCAGGCACAGCAGAGGCAGACAGCGAGGCUUGUGUUAGCCGCGAGGUGGCGCUGAGGAAGCACAUUUACGCCCUGGAAGCUGAGCUCAGCACCCUGCGGAAAGAGUCACGCCCCCGACCCCGCUCGGGAUCUAGGACCAAGCCCAGCAUCCGCUACCGCCCGAGGUCUGGAUCCACUAAGGGAUGCAGGAGGCCACCUGGAGAUCCUCAGUAGGAUCCUCAUGGAAGUCUGGGGCCAAGACAGUCAGAUGUGUGAGAGGCGUGGCUCACAACGUCCAGGAGCAACUUUGGCUAGGUGGCAGCACACAGAUUCAACCGACCUCCCCAAGAACACCCAGUGCUAGAUCACCACAUAGGGAAACUGAGGCUCAUUUGUUCAGACCCUGAUGUCCCUGGUAAUCGAGACACGGCUUUUAUCUCAUAGUCAAGGCUGGACUCAUCCAGUUGGAGCACGCAGAACUCCAGGUGGGAUUUCAACAGAACCGAGGUACGAGAGAAUGAGGCUUACAAAUUCUAAGAAGAAACCUUGAGGCUCAGGGGCUAGAUGAAGAUGCCUGGAGUCUAGAAAGCCAUCUAUUCUGGAGGAGAUGGCCACGGGACAAGAAAAGACAGCACAGAGAGGGGACCUGGCUGGGUCACACAACAGGAAAAGGGACUCA